GCACGUGACCUUUGACCGAUUUCCGUAAACAGCUGAUCUAACCACGUGAUUGUGUCUCCAUCACGGCUGCCUGUGUGAAUCAACAGGGAAGAGCGUUUAGGCGCAGUUAAUGUCAAACAAGAAUCACGGGUGUUUAAAAGAAAAAAAUACUGGACACAAAUUGCAACAUAUGCGGAUAUUGUCCCAUCGGAUGCUAUAGACAUGCACGUGAAGAAGACCCUGGGUAUUUUAAAGCCUUGGUGAGUCCUGCAUCGUUCUUGAGCCCUCCACAGAGAUGCACCCGUUUGGCAGAGAGGAGGCGAGCUCGCUGGAGAAGCUGUUUGUGUUCUUCACGCAGUGCUUGCAGCGGGGGGAGUGGGCUCUUGCCCAGGCCUGCGUGCCCCAGCUCCGGGAGUGGCAGGCUGGGGGCGUGGGGCGGGUGCAGGAGAUCCUGCAGGCUAUCGUAGCCUGCCCGUACCAGCUGAGAUGGGACACAGUUGGUAGCCCUCAUCGCCUUGCUUGGCUGUGGCUUCAGGUAUUAGAGAAGUGGUUUCAAGAGCAGAUCCCGGUAUUUGUCAAGAGUGAGCUGGAGUUCAUGUUACUUCUGGAGGAGCUACAGACUGAAGCUUCAGAAAAUGUGCUCAAGGAGUUAUAUCAAGCCUUCUUACACAGCCACAGCCCAAACAUUACUAAAGAAAAGAAAAGGGAACCGCGGAGCGCGCAGCUCAGUGCGGAAGCAGUGUCGUGUUUGUGGGACGUGUUGUCAGAGAAGCCCGGACUGGCUCAGGCGCUGAUGGGGUACCUGCUGGCACACGACUGUGACAGCGACUCUCUGCACAAGCUGUUCAUUGACUUCCUGCAGGAGGCGGUGUGUGGGCUGCGGAGUGGCGCGGGGGGCCGCGCUGUGGAGCAGGUAUACUCUGGGCUGUCGGUCCUGCACUGUAACCCCGAGCAGCCGGCCGGAGAGCUGAGGCAGCUGUGUGAGGCACUCUUCGAGUCCAGUUGGGGGGAGGCGGCCCCUCUAAGAGAGGAGAGGGUGCUGAGCUGCCUGCUGCGGCCACACGAUCACGCUCUGGUCAGCCUGUACAGCAGCGUCGCCACGGAAAGGACGAAGGAAAAGCUGUUGGAACACAAACCACACGAGCAAGUGUCUGCAGAGCUGUCUGAAGCGGAGAAGGUGAUUCUGGCUUUGUUUUCUCACUGUGAUCGAACUUCAGCCUGGAAAACAAUUUACUUUGACUGCCUGAGCAGUGGCAAGCACUUCCUGGAGCAGGUCCUGGUUACAGCCCUGAGUUUGAUGAAAAGGGAAGAUGUUUCCAGUCUACACAGUCUCCUGAAUCAGGAGUUUAGGCCUCUUUCCAGGCUGCUGCUCUUGCUGGGUUGGACUCACUGCCAGAGUUUGGAAUCAGCAAAGACCUUCUUGCAUACUCUGCAUGAGAACAGGGAGCUCCACUGUGAUUUUGUAUUGAAGGAGUUUGGGGAUGGCCUCUCCACGCAGGUUAAAAUACUUGAAUGGUGCUCUGAAAACAACAGGAACAGCAUUCCCAGUACAGAUCUGCUGAGGCACCUGCACAGUGUGGACUGCCACUCGGCUCUGUAUAUCCUGCACUCACUCACCACCCUGCCUGCGCUGGACGAGGAGAGAGUCAUCCAACUGCUGCAGGGGCUGCCAGCUACACACAGCAAUGGUCCUGCAGGGUUAGCAGAGGCCUCUACUCUUGUUCGGCGUAGGAAUGUGGUUCUGUUCCAGGGGUUCUGCGCCAUGAAAUAUGCCGUCUACGCACUGUGUGUCAACGCACACAAACACUCUGCGUGCAAGGACUGCCUGGGCAGCUUGGCAGAGGAGCAGCCAGAGUCCAGAGAGGAGCCUGGCAAAGAGCAGUGUUCCAGUCCAGGGUACCCUGAACUUUUUAAGAAAUACAUGGAUAAAUGCCAUCAGCAUUUACAAGCCCUGCCUGUCGCUUUCCGUCUGGAGCUGCUGGAGAACAUUUAUUCCUUGCUUUUCACAUCCCACUCCGACUUCAGCUCGGAGAAAGCAGAGGAGUCUGCCCUGGAAGAGGAUGACGAGGGUGUGGAGGAGGGGGAGGUGGGGAGGAACUCUGAGGUGCGGAGCCUCAACAGCAGCCUGGAGCACAGCGAUUACCCAGAGACAGGGCAGCAGGGUAAGGGAGAGAGCAGCCAACCACAGAGGAUCACCCACUUGAAAGACGCUGCCUCCCAGACCUUCAGCCACUUGCACUUGAAGCACUUUGCUAACGGGGCCAGUGGGUUCAUGGCAGACGAGGUGACGCUGGAGGCGUUCCUGAAGCUGCUGAAAGAGCACCUGGACGGGAUCGACAGGGACGUGCUGAGGGAGGGUGAGCGCGCGCCGGACACAGAGAAGGAACUAGCUGAGUGCCUGAACUGUUCCAUCAGCGCUGACGCCUUCAACACGCGCUUACAGCGGCUUUCCAAGUACAUCUCCGAAACCCAGUGGAGGUUCCAGGUGGUUACCAGCAACAAGACUGCAGAAGGGCAGAUUUCUGCCACAAAGAAACUGCACCCUGUUACUCUGAGACGCUCCAGUUUCAAGAGGAGAAGACGGGCAGCAAGAAGCAGAGCAGAUGGAGCACUGCAGCUAUCUAUGGACAGCCUGAAUGCAGAUCUCAGUGCCAGUACAUCAGACGGGAGUGCCAGUGCGUUCCCCGGGCAGUGUGAUCCGGAGCUCAGGCCCCUCUCUGUGGAGAGGAACCUGCUCAUCCCCAUGAUGCUGUCUCCCCCUGAAUCUCUGCUCAUAUCCUGCAUCUUGAGAGGAAACUUCAUGGAAGCACGUCAGGUGGUGCUGAUGUUCAAUCUGGAGUCCUCCCCUUGCUAUGGGGAGCUGGUGUUCAUGGAGCGCUACCAGCAGGUUGUGGAGGAGCUGGCCCGCGUGGAGCAGAAGAUUGAGAACCAGAGUGCAGACAGCAGCGGGAGGAAGGGCAGCAGCAGCCGUUCCACCCUGCAGGCCAUCGGGAGUGCUGCAGCAGCAGGCAUGGUGUUCUACUCCAUCUCGGAUGUGGCUGACAAGCUGCUGAGCUGCCCGGGCCGGCCUGUGCCCUCCCUGCAGGAGGAGUUCUGGGUGAGCAGUGUGCAGAGGGAGCUGCCGGGGGCCCUUGAGGGGGUGCUGGAGGACCUGAGCCCCGCGGGCAUGGCCGCCUUCGACCUGGCCUGCACCCAGUGCCAGCUCUGGAAGACCUGCAAGCAGCUGCUGGAGACGGCAGAGAGGAGGCUGCACAGCACCCUGGAGGCCAAAGGGCAGAAAGUGGAUUCCGCAGUGCAGCCCCCCGAGGGGAUCCGAGGGUUUCCAGCAGUCCUGCAGCAGAUCAGCAAGAUCCUGAACCACACCCCCGGGGGGCGGGGUGGGGCCAGGCCUGAGGUGAAUGAGGAGAAGCUACAGAGCCAUUUCAGCUGUAGUGUGCUGGAGGUCCUGCUGACCUGCUACCCUGCCCUGACUGAGGAGAGUAUGGCAACACAGCUGAGCAUCUCACACAGGCUGGAGCACACCCUGCACACACUCUCCACAGCCAUCGACUGCACAGAGCUGAGAGGAGGCAGUCUGUUUGCCUCCCUGGUGGAGCAGGCGUCUCUGAAGCCCCAGGAGCGGGAGGUGCACCCUGUGCGCAGUCAAAUGAAGGCGCUGCUCAGGACGAUGGAUCAGCACAUCCAGACACAGGGCAGCAGCGGCCGGGCCAGGCCAGACUACAUCCGCAGCGGCUUCGACUACAUCAACACGCUGGCUGCCGUGCUCGUGAGGAGCCUGAGCCCUGAGCUAGACCCGGUCUCUGAAGUGAAGCUAGGGAAUCCCCUCCUGGUGCUGCAGCAGACCCCGGCACAACUGCUCUCACACCUGCUCUUCGAGAGGCAGGUCUCUCCAGACAGGAUAUCUUCCCUGUUGCACAAAGAAGAACUGAACCUCAGCAUCCAGCAGGUGAUAGUGAGCUGCUCCUGCGAGAGCCUGCCUCUGUGGGACACGAGGAAACAGGGGCAGAACCCAUCUCUGCUGGACAGCGUUGGUGGGUUUGUGCAGCAGUACGCUGAGCAGUACCUGCCGAAUCUGGAAACAGCAUUCCCCACAUCCACCGAGGGCAGAGAAGACGUCACUGCCGCCGUAUCUCCUCCAGUAUCACCGGGAGGCUCCACCCAGUUCAUCCUCACUCCCUCCGCUCUGAGCUUCCUGAAGUCUCACUCCAGCCUGCUAGCCACCUUGGCCUGCCUGACCGCGUCCAAGGGAGUGAAGACAGCCAAGACAGGCCUGUCCUCCUGGAGGGACUUCAGGGGCAAGAGGGAGACCCCCCUAGACCUGGAGCAGAUCACCAAGGAGUGCGAUCAUCUUCUGCAGGAGUUCCCCGUGCUGGAGCGUUUCCUCCGCGCCAUGUCGGAGCCUCUGGAAGGGAGUCCCGAGGAGCCGGCCGGGCUGGUGGGGGCUCUGUGCGGUCAGCCCUGCUCUGGCCUUGUUCUCUCUGGGGUGCACUGCAGCUCCACACUGGGGAUCGCUGCUGGGGCCUUCCAGGAAGCCCUGGUUACCGGAGCCCUAAGCAGAGCCCUGAGCAUCCUGCAGCAGUACGGGCAGGAGGGCCAGGGCCUGUCUCACAUGCAGGAUGUCCUGCUGAGCUGCGCUGCUGUGGAAGAGGUGGACGGCAUGAAGCACCUGUUCCUGGUGAAGGACGCUGAUCUCCGGGCCAGGCUGGUGCUGCACUGCUUGGAGAAGUGGCCCCUGGGAGCCUGCUUGGAGAUCCUCAUGUACUGCGUAAGUGACUCAGAGACGGCGGAGGAGCUGAAGGAGAACCUGCUCUUGAAGAAACAGGAGCUGCAGAUUUACCAACAGGUCUUGGAUCUGAGUUCUCCCUCCAGCUGGAGCGACUGGCAGGAAGUGCGGAGAGAUUCCCGAGAGGACCCUGAAUCUGUGCUGGACGUGAUCCUUCGUGCCAAAGGGUUUGGUCUGUGUGAGAGGUGGGUGGAGCUGCACCCCGUCUCUCCAGAGUGUCGGAUGAGGCUGCAGAGAGAGCACCUGCUUCACCUGCUGGAGACCGGGGAUUCGGAGGACGCCUUCCAGUUGCUCCAGAGCCUGUCAGACCCGGAGCUGUGCCUGCUGAUCAGUGAGCAGGCCCUGGACCAGCGCCCAGGGCUGACGGCCUGCCACUUCCUGGCUAAUUACCUCACCUCACACUUCCACAAGAGCGUGGCCCCAACGCGCCAGCAUGAGAUACAGGCCAUGCGCAUCGGCUCAGAGUUGUUGCUGACGCUCCCGGAGCCCGCUCGUCAGGAUUACUUCCAGCUGUCGUCCAGCCCGCUGCUGAUGCUGGAGCAGCUCUUGAUGAACAUGAAGGUGGACUGGGCAGCCGUGGCCGUGCUCUCCCUGCAGCAGCUCCUCCUGGGGCAGGAGGCCGGCUUCACAGCCGAGGACAUCAACGAGCUGCUCUCCAGAUACGCCAGGAAGGCUCUGGACUUCCCCUACGCACCCCGGGAGAGAACCAGAGCAGAUUCUGUGAUAAGUCUGCAGGACCUCCUUAUCCAGACUCCAGGCCAGGAGACCUUCUCUCCAUCACUCUCCACAGAGACAACCCCCUCUUCCACUGCUGGCAGCAGCCCGCUACACACACCCAAAGCUCCCCCUGAGAGAGCCCCGUGCAGGCAGAAAUUGGAGUUCACUCCCCCUGAGAGACCACCUGAGAAGAAGAACUGGAUCCCAGACCAGCAGCAGGACGUGUGCAUGGUGUGCAGGAAGGAGCGCUUCACCAUGUUUAACAGACGGCACCACUGCAGGCGCUGUGGCCGGCUGGUCUGCAACACCUGCUCCACUAGGAAGAUGGUGGUGCAGGGCUGCAGAGAGGAUCCAGUGCGAGUGUGUGACCAGUGUUACAGCUUUUACAACCAAGACACACAAGAAGAGCAUGAGCAAGCGGAUGUGGCUGGCAGCCCUGGCAGUGGCUGUUUGGAUUUUUCUGUCAUAUUGCAGUUACCAGAGGUGCCGGAGAGGCUGCGCAAACUCUCGCUGAACGAAGCGGAAAAUGAGAUUGAGCGCAGCGAAUUCUACUACGAGCAGGCUCCCAGCGCCUCGCUGUGCAUCGCCAUCCUGAACCUGCACAGUAACAGCAUCGUCUGCGGGCAGCAGCUGAUUGAGCACUGCCGACAACUGUCCCGCGGACUCACCAACCCCGAGGUGGACCCCCGGCUGCUCACCGACAUCAUGAAGCAGCUGCUCUUCAGUGCCAAGCUGAUGUUCGUCAAGGCGGGGCGCAGCCAGGACCUUGCCCUGUGCGACAGUUACAUCAGCAAGGUCGACGUGCUGAAGAUUUUAGUCUCUGCCAACUACAAGUACGUGCCAUCGCUGGAUCAGAUCCUGCAGCCUGCAGCCGUGUCCAGACUGAGGAACCAGCUGCUAGAGGCAGAGUAUUACCAGCUGGCUGUGGAGGUCUCCACUAAGAGUGGUCUGGACCCUGGUGGGGUGUGGCAUGCCUGGGGGAUGGCCUGCCUGAAAGCAGGGAACCUGACUGCAGCGCGGGAGAAGUUCAGCAGGUGUCUGAAAGCUCCGUUCGACCCGAACCAGCAGAAUCACGGGCCCCAGCUCCUGCAGGAUAUCAUCCAGCACCUGGAGUCCACUGUCAAACCCAGCUUCUCCCUGCAUAACGAUGAUAUCCUGGCCUCCCUGAAGCAGCUGGAGGAUGCUCUGAUGGAAGCUACCCUUCCUGACAGACCAGAAGGGAAGAUCCAGCAGAACAGCUGCUACCAGGAGUGCCUCUACUACCUGCACACGUACGGGACCAACCUGGCCAUCAUCAGCUUCUACAUGAGGCACGACUGCGUGAGGGACGCGCUGAUACACCUGCUCAACAAGGAAAGCCCGGAGGACGUGUUCCUGGACGGGAUCUUCGUGCCGAGCUAUGAAAGUGGGAAGCUGCACGUUCUGGAGAACCUGAUGGAGACCAUCGACUCGGGGCUGGAGAGCUGGAGCAGAUACCUGAUCGCAUCCUGCAAACACCUGCAGAAACGAGGCUUUUUCAACAUCCUCUACGACCUGCAGCAGUUCAUGAAGGACCAUGUGCGGGCGGCCAUGACGUGCAUCCGGUUCUUCACUCACAAGGCCGAGUCGUACGUGGACCUGGGGGGGAAGCAGAAGUGGCUGAUCAAGGCGAAGGACCACCUGAAGACCUACCUGCAGGAGCAAUCAAGCCGCAGCUCCGGGAGGAGGAAGUCAGCCAGCUCCUUCAGGAAGAAGAUGUCCUCCAGCGAUGUGUCCAGGCACAUCAACACCAUCGAGCUGCAGAUCGAAGUGACCAGGUUCCUGCAUCGCUGUGAGAGCUCCGGCACCUCGCGCAGCACAGCCUCCCCGCCCGCCAACCUGUUUGGAAACAACAGCAUGAAGAUGGACGUGGCCUGCAAGGUCAUGCUUGGGGGUAAGAACAUUGAGGAGGGAUUUGGAAUUGCCUUCAGGAUUAUACAGCCCCUAUUCCUGCAGAGCUCACCCUCUGUCUGCUGUUCCCAGGACUUCCUGCUGGACGCGGCGGCGGUGUACAGCAGGGCAGUGAAGCGGCUGGUGAAGCACAGGCAGUACCGGGAGAUCAGGCAGCUGCUUAAGUGUGUCAGCGAGUCGGGAGCUGCCACCAAGAACGACUGCGAUAACAUCAUCCUGAGCUGCAUCGAGGCAGCUGACAAGGUGCCCUCCGAGGCUAAGGAACUUGACAGUUUGAUUUUGGAAAUGAAAAGCACAGAUAACAAGAUCAAGGCCUACCUGCUGUGCAGUAAGCUGCGCUCAGCCUACCUGAUCGCGGUGAAGCUGGAGCUGCCGCGGGCCUCCCAGCUGGUGCAGGAGGUGCUGGGGGCGGCAGAGCAGGCCGGGGACCUCAUCAUGCAGGACAUCUGCACACAGUGGCUGUCCGAGCACCAGGGCAGGAGCAGCACAGCUCCCCGGCAGGGUGCAGCCACACGCAGAUAGCAGGGCGAGCAGACCACACACGCACUGCCAAACCUGCACUCUCCUUCCUAGGAGGUGGUUCUGUUCUUCAGAACCGUCUUACACGAAUGAAACAAAGUUACAGCAAGCUGUUGUCUACUCCAGUACAUUACUAAAAUAAUUAUUAAUGACAAUUAUUCUUACAGUUUAGAUGACAUAUCGAAAGCAGUUGUGAAGGACGCUGUGCGAAUGAAAGAAACUGUUUAUUUAAGAAGAUAGGAAGUUUCAGGGGUGUGCUAGUAAUGGCGGAUACAAACCUAGGAUACUGUGGCAAUAGGCAGGAACAGUUGAGAAAUCAGUGCAGUUCUUUUAUAUUUAUACUGCAAACUAUACAAAGUGUUGGUACAGUACUUUAGAUUUAAUAUAUGGCUUUGCAGGCUUUAAAACUGCAACAGACUUCUCUUUUGAGCAUAAUAAAAAUGUGACUGGUGGAAUAUGAGGAUUGUUAUAAUCACGGUAUAUUGUUAUGCCCUCAGCUGGGGGCGAGCCCCAGGCAGCAGGGAGGCAGGAGGCACCAGCACACGAGUACCGUACACUUGGCACCCUUUUUCUGUUUUAUAUAUAUUUAAAGAACCACUUACCCAUUUGUGAGGAAACUUGCUAAGGGCAUUGUUGAGAGUAUUAGAAUCUGGGGGAUAUGGAGGGUUUGUGUGAGUGUCCUAAAACAUGGGACAGCAAUGGAACAGAGCUGAUUUGUGCUUCUUGGUACAGUUGCCAGUAGUUUUAUUAUGUUUAAUAUGGCUGCCUGGACUAAACUUGCAUUACCUGUGUAAGGACAGCAUUUAUUGUGUCUCAUAGGAUAUGUUGACACGUGGCAGGUUUAUAGUAAAGCGACUGACACAUCAGCUUGGGUACAUGUAGAAGAGACUGAGACUGGGCAGACCACAUUGUAAUAUUCAUUUGUUUUAUAGACCAAGUGAAACUGACACUGGAAACCUUCAAAAGGGAAAUAUGGGCACAGAUUAAUAUGUGGUGUCCUGAAAUAAAGAAACACACAUGAUCGCUAGCUGUGCCAUGCAGUGGAAUACUGGGUUAGGUCAAAGGGCACUUCUUGAUUUUGAGUUCUUGUAACACUUCUAACUAAUGACUGCCACGUAUCAAAGUGUGUGAGGCAUGUUUACAUUGCUGUAGCUCUUCUAAUCCAAUCAAAGGCUUUAUUAACAACUUUUUAUAUACUGCAGUUAAAAAAGACAGAGCUCUUCCCUUUAAGAGAACCACUUCAAAUGAUGGAGCAAUCUCAGGGUGUUAAGUAACUGAGCGGCUCAGAGCAGUUCAGUGAAAGAACCCUCUUAACAGCUAUAGAGCAGAUUUCAUCAGCGAUCUGAGUAAGCGGGAACAUUCUCGCUCUGAUCCACUCAGUUACUUAACGCUCCUGCAGUAUCGGAAGAACCUAGGACAAGCAGAGACAUCUUAAAGGGAAUGUGCUUUUUGCCAAAAUACUAUUACUAUUUUUGUCUGUGAUUUUGGAGUGACUUCAGUAAACAUUUUGGCUACUGUAAUUUUCUCAUUAAACUGUCUGUGAUGAUUUCAUGUACAGUAAAACCUAAUUUGACAUCAGUUGGGACUGGAAAAUUGUGCUGGAUUAUAGAAUGUUCAGGAUUACAGAGGUGCUGUAAAAAUCUAAUACUGUUCCCACAAAAAUAGGUUUCAAUUAAUGACAAACUAUUUGAACAUUUUGAAAACUCUUAUUACAAUAUAUACAGUAGACAUACCCUGUAAUUCAAGGAUUGUAUUAAUUUAAUUUCACUUUUUCCAUUAUGUGACAAGGAUUUUACUGUAGAUGUACCAUACCAGGACAUGUGCGUAGUCACACAACAUCCUGCCAAAUUGUACAGACUUUCGGUUUGUAGAGGGGCUGGAUUAGACAGGUUUUACUGUACAAUACAGUAAACAUAAGCAAAAAUAACAUGCAUGUGUUUUACGGAAAUAAAGAAAGAUAGUUCGCUCUGUGUGCAAUUUCCAUUUUCACCUUUUAGAAAAUGCCAACAGUCACGUUUCCUUUCACAAAAUCACACAAGUUUGCAGAAUCGAGUUGUGCACAAUCAGUGCCCAGAAUAACAAUGUUUAUUUUAGAUGUGCUGUAUUCGUCACACAUGAACACAUCAGGCAUCUUGAGAAAGCACUGUGAGGUUCUGUUAGAACACAAUUCAUACCUCUUGUUCAAAGACUUUUUUUUUUUUUACCAGCACUAGCUAUGCAUAAUAAAAUGCAUUAAUCUAGGAUGCAUUUCAAUUGUUUUAGGACUUCCUAACUCAGAUUUCUUUCCACUAGAAAAAAGAAAGGGCAUGUCGUAUUCCAGCAAAUUGUUAAAGAACUGAUCAUGCAUUUUAUUCCUCAAACAAAUCUCCCAGCUGUAGAGUAGGAAUAAGACAUACAUUGAAUUUGUCAAAUAAAGUCAAAUACCCUGUAUAAGUUAUGCAAAUCAUUUUAUUCCUCCAUAUGUAAGUCUAUUAUUCAGCAGUGAUCAUGUUUUAAAGUGAAAAGGGUUCUUUAAAACCUUUUGUGUGCCAUCAGUGUUUUUGUUUGAUUGUUUUUACAUGCAAUUUUUAAUCCUCGUCAAAGCAAUUUCUGUGUUACUCCAAAAUGACAAAACUGGCAUCGUUAAUCGCACUGUAACGAAAGCACUUUACCUCUGACUUGAAAAUUACAUUUACUUUAAAUACAUGUUGGCUUGCUUGCUGCUUUUUUGUUUUGAAUUUAGUGAUCAUGAAAGGUGAGGGACUAUGGCACUGACUGCAGGCUCUUUUAAGUGCAGCCCCAGGCCCAUUUAUUAACUUGUCAAAAUGAUAUUGCUUGUCGUGGCUCAGUUUGACUAUACAGUUAUCUUCAAAUUUGCACACUUUCUGUAAUAAGACUAGUCUUAGAAAUGUAAAUCUCAUGUGGUCGUGCAAAAAAUAUGUUAUCACCAGAAAGUCAUAUUCAAAAGAAACCUGUGUGGAGUUCUAUAUCCAGAUCUAAUGUUCAUUUUUAAUAUGAAAUGGCUGAACAGGCGACAAAUGUGAGUUGGAAAUUGUGUGUCAGUAAUAAACUCAAAACAGUCUUUACUACU